GUGUUGCUUAUAUCUGAGCCCUGUUGUUACACUAUUAUAAUAUCAGCCGCUUAAAAUUCCAAAAAAAACAAAAAAAGGAAAGUGUUAUAUAUAAAUUCAUCGUGGGGAGCGAAAACCCUAAAAGGCUUCUGAAGGCCGCGGCGCAACACCUAGAGUCUCUUCACAGUCACAUCUCCAUACCAUCUCCGGCGGAGGAGGAGGGAGGAGGAACCAAAACCCUAAAAGCCUUUCUACAGGCCGCGGCGCAGCACCGAGAUUCUCUUCUGAAACUUUCACAGCCCCAUACCAUCUUUCUGCGGCUGAGGAGGAAGGCAAUUUAACCGAUGGAGAGUGGGAGGCACCAAAACCCUAAAAUAUCUGCUGACUCGCAGUGAAGACUUUUAAAUCCCCAUUCCAUCUCCGGCGGAGGAGGAGGUAGGCAAUUUAAGGUUGAGGAGGGUGGGGAUUCUGGGGAAGUAUCAUUGUUUCUGGUUGCUGGUUUUGAUGGUGGGCCAUAUAUUGCUGCAAUUUAUGAAAUCAAAAUUGGAGUAGGGGGAGGGGGAGGGGCAUCUGAAAUUGCACUUGUUAGUCCUAUGGUUAGAGCAUUUGCAGAAGAUAAAGAGUAUAUUCCCCGGUUGGUUGUGAUAUCUCAGGAUCGCACAUGUUCUUGAUGGCUUCAUUUUUGGAGGUUAAGGAAAACAGAUAUAAGCAGCUUCAACCCCUUCGUUUCGACACAAAUACCAAAGAGUGUAUCAAAUUUCCAUUGCCACAAGCAACAAAACCUCUUCCCAUAGUGAUGGCUGUCCAUGAAAAAGGUAUUUUUGUGCUUGCUGGAGGUACCACGUGUUCGUGCAUCGAAAUAGGCUCUCCGUGUUUCGAACGUUUGGAUCCCAAUCAAGGGCGGUGAGAUGAUUAUUCUUCCCUACCUGAGUAUCGUCUGGACACAAAAUUACCCAGGGUUGUCUCCGGUUACGCAGUUAUCAAGGAGUGUAUUCUCAUUUCAGUUUAUGAUUUUGUUUACGAACACACAACUGGAUUUUAUUAUUACAGAGUCGGGAGUGAAAUGAAGGAUUGGCAGGUCGUCAAAAAGGAAAAGGAGAAUGAGUUCUAUUACCCCCUGUUUGGAAAGGCUGAAUAUGUUGAUGGUUACGUAUACACUUUGGGACGUAAUUUAAACUUGAUUGCAUAUCAUGUCGGACGUUCUGCUGAACAUGAUGGUAUCAUUCAAUCUAUUGGUGUUCCAGUGCAUUUUACAAAACUGGACUUUUUAGAUCUACCAAUGUAUUGUGGUCGGUCACUCUCCCCCGGUUGCUUAGUUCAUUUGGGAGAGAAAAUACUUUGUAUGAUGUUCACUGGUUUCAAUCUUGACCCCUCCAACUUUCAAUAUGUUUCCAUCUUGAUCGUCCAAGUUUCUGAUGACAUGAAGGAGCUUUCAACGUUGUGGUCAGGUCUCUGCGCCUUGAAUAUAAAGAACCUUGGUCCCGCAAGUUUAACAUCACUUUGUUUUGAUUCCCAGCGGAGUAAAUUUGCCUACAUGUCUGAAUUCUUCUGGACAAGCGGUCUUAAGGUUCAGUCUAAGCAGUUUGAGGAACUUGAUGUUGACACGCAUAUGCAGCCAGUGGACUCUGAUCCACCAAAGCCAGAGCCAGUACCUGAGGUUGAAUCGGUGGAUGGUUUCCUGCUGCAGCUAGGUCUUGAAAAUUAUUCAAUAAUAUUCGAAUAUGAGGAAAUUGAUAUGGCCGCUCUUGUACACUUAACGGAUGAUGAUCUCAAGGCUUUAGGAUUACCUGAGAGGUAUGUCUUAGGUACCACCUAUUGAGCAAAUUGCUCACCUCAUUUCAUUAAACAUUUUUCAAGACUGGGAAAGGAAAUAGGGGACGCCGACCCUUCACAAGCAUGAGGAAGACUAGGAGUUUAUUUUUUUGCCGCCUUUUGUAUAUUUAUCACGCUUUUGUAAAAGUCCCAAAACCAUAAUGAAGUGUAUCAUUUUGCAAGCCAUGGCCAUGUAUUGUGAACUAUAACUCUUGUUGGUAUUUUGAAGGGAAGCGAGAUUAUGUAAAUAUUUUGUGUUGAAUGGGAUGAUGAUGAUGGGUCAUCUUGAGGAGGUUGUUGA